CUAGCAAUCUUUGGCUCAGGUAGACUCACUGCAAGCGCCGCCUGGUGGAUGUGCAGACAGGACAGCGUCUGAAGUAGGAUUUCACUCAUUGGAUAAACGUAUCGCAACAGUGGACAGCAGUCAGUGCUGAAACAAUAUUCACUGAAAGGACUUCAUGAGCUUAUUUACCUUGGAUGCAACUGAGAGAUACUCUGACGAUUUUGGAACGUAUUUAGAGCCAGGACACACUGCAAGUGCAAAGAUAUCGUCUUUCCUAAUGAUUUUUCCAGUUUUUAACGCCUUCCGCACAAAUUGUUCCGGGCUCUAAGUCUCCAAGUGGUGGAAUUCAAUGAGGGGUUGUAAUUUUCUCCAGUCCGACCACGCCGUGUACACAUGCCCUAAAUGCCUACAAUAGAAAAAACGUCUCGAACUUCCAAUGUGAUGCAUCUGCAUAAGAGAAAAAUUACUCGAUUAAGAUGGGUAAUAAGCAAACGAUAUUUACUGAUGAACAGCUAGACGCCUAUCAGGACUGCACUUUCUUCACGCGGAAAGAGAUCCUUCGGUUACAUGGAAGAUACCAUGAACUGGCUCCACAUUUAGUACCAAUGGACUAUACCAACGACCCUGACGUCAAACUGCCCUCAGCGCUCAUAGUCAACAUGCCGGAACUGAAGGAGAAUCCCUUCCGGAGCAGAAUCGUGGAGUCCUUUUCUGAGGACGGGGAAGGGAAUCUCAGCUUCAACGACUUUGUUGACAUGUUCUCUGUGCUCAGCGAAAUGGCCCCACGAGAACUUAAGGCCAUAUAUGCUUUCAAAAUAUACGACUUCAACACAGACAAUUUCAUCUGCAAGGAGGACCUGGAGAAGACCUUGAACAGGUUGACGAGGGAGGAGCUGACGCCGGAGGAGGUGAACCUCGUGUGCGAGAAGGCCAUCGAGGAGGCAGACCUGGACGGGGACAGCAAGCUCUCCUUUGCCGACUUCGAAAACAUGAUUUCCAGGGCCCCUGACUUCUUAAGCACCUUCCAUAUACGAAUCUGAGAGGGCUCACAGGAAGGAUAUCCAGGUGCGGGCCAGUCACAUGACGUGACCGGGUCCUCUUGACCUCAGCAGGCCGGGACUCCUGCUUUGGCGCGAGCCGAUGGCGGAAGCCCACCUCGCCUCCGCAGCAGAAGCUGGCUCCCUCUGAGGACGGCGGACGAGCUGCCGCCGGGCCGGCGGACCGCGGCGGAGAAGCUGACCCCCCCUCCCCCCGCCGUGUCCCUGACCACACCCCGACUACAGCACAGUGCCUGUCUGCGCUCCCUCCCUCGCCCCCGGGGGCCACCUCGGAGGUGUACUUGUGCAAAAACACCACACGGCAGUGACCGACCGUCACGUUGGGCUCGGAUUUCACAAUCUUUUCUUUUUUUUUUCUUUUUAAAGAAGGAAGCACAGGCCUUUUGCGCCCUUUCACCCUUUUUCCACUGAGAAGGAUUCGGGAAAUGAACACAAACAUAAAAUUGAUGCAUGCUUUUUUGUCCCCCCUCCCCAAAGGGUUCUUGCAACUGUUCGAGCGACCAAGUUAAUGGGAAACGACUGAGAGAGAGAUGAAAGAUGAAAACUGCAUUUUGCCUGCUCUUAAGAAAGUACAGAAGAAGGAAAACGGAAAUAGUGAUGUUGGCUUUACGGAUACCUCCUGAACAACACUGUCCCACACUUGGGGGAAUAUUUCUGCACAUCUGUGCCUGAACUCUUUGGCUUUUUUUCUUUUAGUAUUCACUGCAGCGUGUGCCUGUUGCCCAUUGUAGAUGAGAAUCGGACACUCCACAUAUGACCAGACAGGACCGCUCGUAAACCUGGUGUGCGCCAAGGAAAACUAAACGAAGGGGAUAGCAAAAAAAAAGCACAGCACUGGCACCAAGGACACAAAAAAUAUAUAUUUCAUUUUGUUUAACCGCUAUGCAAUCUUUCUCCAUGAAAUGCAUGAAUGCUUCCGUUUCCCUGCUGCAAAUUGCUGUGUCAUUUUAAUUCCGGUAUUGCUAAUACUGCAUACUGGAGCAUGACGACAAUCAUAUCUAACUGUUCUCCAGUUGAAGGAAGGGCUCCCUCAUCUCUACUCCAUUCACUCACCUGACCAUUCAUGACUCUCCCAUCUUUAUAUUACGCUUUAAUAAACCUUUUCCCGUCUUUAACGUCGAGAUGUUACACAUACGUUGCAGUCCCUAAAUACACCUCUUUUCCAGUAUUUGAUGUGAUAUAGAACAUUUGGCUAAACUUUGAAUAAAUGAGUUUUCUGUUGCUUAUUGACUUAAUGAAUCUACUUUUGAAAGCAAAA